AUGCCCUUGAGGUUGCUCCUUCAAGCAGUUUCAGGUCAGGUUUUAAGGCUGAUGAAGUUUUUGCUGACAAAGAUAUCUGCACUGACAUUGCAAGCAGGGGAUUCACCUCAAAAUUGCUCAGAGUUAAAGCCCUCAAGGGCUUAUCAUGGCUUAGAAGAACACAUUGGAGCCAAUGAAGAUCAUGGAGAUGUCAUCGAUGCUAGCUUGGAGGAGCAUGGAGAUGGAAGCACAAGUGACCGGCCACGUGACUUGGAGAUGCCCGCGCAACACCGGCCAUGCGACAUAGAGAUGCCCGGUCAUCACCGGCCACGCGACAUGGCCAUGUCCGGCCACACCCGGUCACAUGACUCGGCCAAGCCCGGCCACAACCGGCCACAUGAUCCUUUAUCUAUGCCGUUGGGUCCAAUAACAAGGGCUCGGGCUAAAAGGUCACGAGAAGAAAGGAGUGCUCUAGGAGUUGCUCUUAUUAGGCCUAUUGAAGCUAGUAUUAUGGAAGGAGAACAAGAACAAACCAACGUGGCUGCUAUGUUGCAAGCUCUAAUGCAACGUUUGGACACUAUGGAUACUAAAUUCGAUGCCUUGGCCGAUGAUGUCCAACAAGUAAAGGAUGGCCAAAAUCUACAAGCUCAACAACCUCAUCAAAGAGCUAACGCUGCACGCAACAAUGAAGAGGUUCAUCCUCCACCACCGAGGCAAAUUGCUAGAAUCGAUCCCAUGGAGAGACUAAGGCAACAAGAACUUGGAGGAGGGUCUCCAUCCGAUUACUUGGAGUGGGAGUCGAAAUUGGAUAUGUAUUUUGAUUACUAUCCUCAUGCCGAACCAAAGAAGGUACAAAUUGCUACUCUUGAAUUCACGGAGAAUGCUUUAAAUUGGUGGAAUCAAUUGGUGCAAACAAGAAGAAGAAACUUGGAGAGGCCGAUCAAUACUUGGUUAGGUCUAAAGAGUUAUAUGAGGAAGAGGUUUGUUCCAAGCUUUUACACGAAUGGUCUCUACCAAGAGUUGCAAUCCUUGAGGCAAGGAACUAGGAGUGUUGAUGAAUACUACUCCGAGAUGAUGUUGUUGAUGUCAAGGGCCGAGAUUGAUGAAGCUCCACAAGCUACUAUAGCUAGAUUCAUGGCGGGAUUGAAUAGAGAAAUUCAUGAUAUUGUGGAGAUGCAACAACACUAUGAGGUUGAGGAAUUGCUUCAACAUGCUUUGAAGGCCGAAAGCCAAGUAAAGAGGAAUAAGAAGAGCUUUACAUCAUCAUCAUCAAGCUCAUGGAAAACUCCAAUCAAGAAGGAUGAUAAGUCGACCAAAGAAAAGGAGUUUGCGCAAAAGGUGAUGGAGAUGAUGAAAGGAGAUGCGCAUGAUGAUAGUGAUGAUGGUGUCGGUUUUGCACUUAAGAGUUUGGUUGCUAGGAGAACUUUGAGUGCUUAUGUGAAAAACGAUGUGAACAAUCAAAGGGAGAACUUGUUUCAUACUAGGAUGUACAAAGGAGAUGUAUUGUGCGAUAUCUUACCCAUGCAAGCAUGCCAUGUACUACUUAGGCGACCAUGGCAAUAUGACAACAAAGUUCAACAUGAUGGUGAGACAAACCAAUAUACUCUCAUGUGUGGUAAGAAGCCUUUUACUUUUAUUCCAUUAUCACCUCAAGAAGCUUUAAAAGAUCAAUUAAAAUUGAAAGAGGAAUUUACUAAGAUGGAAUCCGAUUAUAGGGCUAAAGAAAAGAAUAAACAUGCUAAAUUAGAUGUGAAUUGUGAUUUAGUUGAAAAGCAUGCUAGUUCUAAGAAAAUUGUUAAGGAGUCUUAUAGGACAAAUCCUGAAGAAACAAAGGAAUUAGAGAAGCAAGUUGGAGAGCUACUUCAAAAGGGAUUUGUGCGUGAAAGCCUUUCUCCAUGUGUCGUUUCUGUGUUCCUUGUUCCUAAGAAAGAUGGGACUUGGAGAAUGUGUGUUGAUUGUAGGGCAAUAAACAACAUCACGGUAAAGUAUCGUCACCCUAUUCCUAGAUUAGAUGCUAUGCUAGAUGAAUUGCAUGUUAUGCCUUUUGGAUUGACUAAUGCACCUAGUACAUUCAUGCGAUUAAUGAAUCAUGUUUUAAGAGCUUUUAUUGGCAAGUUUGUUGUUGUUUAUUUUGAUGAUAUUCUUGUGUAUAGCCGAAACCUAGAUGAGCAUGUUAGGCAUCUAAGAUGUGUGUUAGAUGUACUUAGGGUUGAGAAAUUAUAUGCUAACCUUAAGAAGUGCACCUUUUGCACAAACAAGCUUGUUUUUCUUGGUUUUGUGGUUUCAUCGCAAGGUAUAGAGGUUGAUGAGGAAAAGAUCAAGGCAAUCAAAGAAUGGCCAACACCCACCAACGUUGGACUAGUGAGAUCUUUUCAUGGACUAGCCGGAUUCUAUAGGAGGUUUGUUAAGGACUUUAGCACCUUAGCCGCCCCUAUUACAACUGUUAUGAAGAAGAAUGCACCAUUCAAGUGGGGAGAUGAACAACAAGAAGCAUUUGAGACGUUGAAGGAUAAACUAACUAAUGCUCCUUUGCUUGUUUUACCUAACUUUAACAAUACUUUUGAGAUUGAAUAUGAUGCAUCAGGGGUUGGAAUUGAAGCUGUUUUAAUGCAAGGUGGGAAGCCCGUCGCUUAUUUUAGUGAGAAAUUAAAUGGGGCUGCAUUAAAUUAG